CGCUCCCGCCCUCGCGCGCGGUGGUGGCGGCGGCGGCGCCCGGGAGCUGCCCUGAGGCCGCCCCCGGCCCCCGCCCGCGCGUCAGCGCGCCCAGCCCGGGGCUGCGAGCUCCGCCCGCGCCCGAGGCCCCUGCGCACGGCUCCGGGCGGGCAGCCGGCGGGUCGCUGCGGCGGGCGCGGGGGCGGCAGGCGGUAGGCGACCGCAGAGCGGCGCUGGCCCGGCCGGGCGCGGACCGCGGGCGCUCAGCUAGCCGCCCCGAUGUGGCAGGAGGCGAUGCGGCGGCGCCGCUACCUGCGGGACCGCGCCGAGGCGGCCGCGGCGGCAGCGGCGGGCGGCGGCGAGGGGCUGCAGCGGUCCCGGGACUGGCUCUACGAGUCCUACUACUGCAUGAGCCAGCAGCACCCGCUCAUCGUUUUCCUGCUGCUCAUCGUCAUGGGCGCCUGCCUCGCCCUUCUAGCCGUCUUCUUCGCGCUCGGGCUGGAAGUGGAAGACCACGUGGCGUUUUUAAUAACAGUUCCCACUGCCCUGGCAAUUUUCUUUGCCAUAUUCAUCCUUGUGUGCAUCGAGUCUGUGUUUAAGAAGCUGCUCCGAGUGUUCUCGAUGGUGAUUUGGAUAUGUCUGGUUGCCAUGGGAUACCUGUUCAUGUGCUUUGGAGGCACCGUAUCUGCCUGGGACCAGGUGUCUUUCUUCCUCUUUAUCAUCUUCGUGGUGUACACCAUGCUUCCCUUCAACAUGCGAGAUGCCAUCAUUGCCAGCGUCCUCACCUCCUCAUCCCACACCAUAGUGCUGAGCGUCUACCUGUCUGCAACCCCAGGGGCCAAGGAGCAUCUGUCCUGGCAGAUACUGGCCAAUGUGAUCAUUUUCAUCUGUGGGAACUUGGCAGGGGCCUACCACAAGCACCUCAUGGAACUUGCCCUGCAGCAAACCUACCGGGACACGUGUAAUUGCAUCAAGUCCCGGAUCAAGCUGGAGUUUGAAAAACGGCAGCAGGAGCGGCUUCUGCUUUCCUUGCUGCCGGCUCACAUAGCCAUGGAGAUGAAGGCUGAGAUCAUCCAGAGGCUACAGGGCCCCAAAGCAGGCCAGAUGGAAAACACAAACAACUUUCACAACCUAUACGUCAAACGGCACACCAACGUGAGCAUCUUGUAUGCUGACAUUGUUGGUUUCACCCGUCUUGCAAGUGACUGCUCCCCUGGGGAACUGGUCCACAUGCUGAAUGAACUCUUUGGGAAGUUUGAUCAAAUCGCAAAGGAGAAUGAAUGCAUGAGAAUUAAAAUUUUAGGAGACUGCUAUUACUGUGUUUCCGGACUCCCUAUAUCUCUCCCUAACCACGCCAAGAACUGUGUGAAAAUGGGAUUGGAUAUGUGUGAAGCCAUAAAGAAAGUCAGGGAUGCUACAGGGGUUGAUAUCAACAUGCGGGUAGGAGUGCAUUCUGGGAAUGUCCUGUGUGGGGUGAUUGGUCUCCAGAAGUGGCAAUAUGAUGUGUGGUCUCAUGACGUCACUUUGGCAAACCACAUGGAAGCUGGAGGAGUCCCUGGACGCGUUCACAUUUCUUCAGUCACCCUGGAGCACUUGAAUGGGGCUUACAAGGUGGAAGAAGGAGAUGGUGAGAUAAGAGAUCCGUAUUUAAAACAGCACUUGGUGAAAACCUACUUUGUAAUCAACCCCAAGGGAGAGCGACGGAGUCCCCAGCACCUCUUCAGACCUCGCCAUACCCUAGAUGGGGCCAAGAUGAGGGCAUCUGUCCGCAUGACACGGUACUUGGAGUCCUGGGGAGCAGCCAAGCCCUUCGCACAUCUGCACCACAGGGAUAGCAUGACCACAGAGAAUGGGAAGAUCAGUACCACGGAUGUGCCAAUGGGUCAACAUAAUUUUCAAAAUCGCACCUUAAGGACUAAGUCACAGAAAAAGAGGUUUGAAGAAGAAUUGAAUGAAAGGAUGAUCCAGGCCAUUGACGGGAUCAAUGCUCAAAAGCAAUGGCUCAAGUCUGAAGACAUUCAGAGAAUCUCCCUGCUUUUCUAUAACAAGAAUAUAGAAAAAGAAUACCGCGCCACUGCCCUGCCAGCAUUCAAGUACUACGUGACCUGUGCCUGCCUCAUCUUUCUCUGCAUCUUCAUUGUGCAGAUUCUUGUAUUGCCAAAAACAUCCAUCCUUGGCUUCUCCUUUGGAGCUGCAUUUUUCUCCCUCACCUUCAUCCUCUUGGUCUGCUUCGCUGGACAGCUUUUGCAAUGCAGCAAGAAAGCCUCGGCUUCUCUCAUGUGGCUUUUGAAGUCAUCAGGCAUCAUCGCCAACCGCCCAUGGCCGCGGAUCUCUCUCACGGUUGUCACCACUGCCAUCAUAUUAAUCAUGGCUGUGUUCAACAUGUUUUUCCUGAGUGACUCUGAGGAGACAACCCUUCCGACUUCCAAUACAUCAAAUGCAAACUUCUCUGUCCCGGAAAACCAGGCAGCAAUUCUCCAUGCACGAAAAUUGUUUUUCCUCCCGUACUUCAUAUACAGCUGCAUUCUGGGCUUGAUCUCCUGCUCCGUUUUCCUGAGGGUGAACUACGAAUUAAAAAUGUUGAUCAUGAUGGUAGCACUAGUGGGCUACAACACCAUUCUUCUCCACACCCAUGCCCAUGUCCUGGAUGCAUACAGCCAGGUCCUGUUUCAGAGACCAGGCAUUUGGAAAGACCUGAAGACCAUGGGCUCCGUGUCCCUCUCUAUAUUCUUCAUCACACUGCUCGUUCUGGGUAGACAGAGUGAAUAUUACUGUAGGUUAGACUUCUUGUGGAAGAACAAGUUCAAAAAAGAGCGGGAGGAGAUAGAGACCAUGGAGAGCCUCAACCGAGUGCUGCUGGAGAACGUGCUUCCUGCACACGUGGCUGAACACUUCCUGGCCAGGAGCCUGAAAAACGAGGAGCUAUAUCACCAGUCCUAUGACUGUGUCUGCGUCAUGUUCGCCUCCAUCCCAGACUUCAAGGAGUUCUACACGGAGUCAGACGUGAACAAGGAAGGCUUGGAAUGCCUUCGGCUCCUGAAUGAGAUCAUUGCGGACUUUGAUGAUCUGCUUUCCAAGCCUAAAUUCAGUGGUGUUGAGAAGAUCAAGACCAUCGGUAGCACAUACAUGGCAGCCACGGGUCUGAGUGCUGUACCCAGCCAGGAGCACGCCCAGGAGCCUGAGCGUCAGUAUAUGCACAUAGGCACCAUGGUGGAGUUUGCAUAUGCCCUAGUGGGGAAACUGGAUGCCAUCAAUAAACACUCCUUCAACGAUUUCAAACUGCGAGUGGGUAUCAAUCAUGGACCUGUAAUAGCCGGUGUCAUAGGAGCUCAGAAGCCACAAUAUGACAUCUGGGGCAACACUGUCAAUGUUGCCAGCAGGAUGGACAGUACCGGGGUCCUGGACAAAAUACAGGUGACCGAGGAGACCAGCCUCAUCCUGCAGACGCUCGGCUACACGUGCACAUGUCGAGGCAUCAUCAACGUGAAGGGAAAGGGGGACCUGAAGACGUAUUUUGUAAACACAGAGAUGUCAAGGUCCCUUUCUCAGAGCAACUUGGCAUCCUGAGAAGCUAUCCCUUCCUGGCAAGAAGAGCGUACUUGCAGGAAGGUACCACGCACUUUCUGGCUGCAGCCUUUGUCCCUCGUUUUGAUGUACGUGCCCUGUCCCAUCCUCCGGAGCCCUUGCAGACUAGUUCCUGUGACCCAGUGGCACACUGUUUGGUGUCUGCCUGUGCCCGGAUUGUCCUGCCACUUGCACUGUGCAUACUCCUAAGCAAAAGGAGGAGAGAAUGUGUCCUAGAAGGAGAGCAUUUAAAGAAGCGAGGAGAAGAGAGGUGAAAUGAACACAAAUUCUUAAGGCAAUAAAACUGGGGGGCUGUAUAUUAUCUUCUGGUGCAUGUUCUUCUCUGAAAAAUAUGGUAGGCUCGUAACUGCAUCCCUAGUCUGAUAUUCAAACACACAGUAUUUGUGAAGAAGUUGAUCCUGUCACCCAACAUGGAGUCUGUGCUCACCCACCCACGUCUUGUUGCCAGUGGUCAUGCGUGGGCCUCAGCUGGGGCUCUCGGCCCUUGUCGUCUUGCUCUGUUGUCUUGUGGCAGCAGCACAUUGCCAUCCGUCACCAGAAUUAGUCCUCACAGCCUAGGACCAGUUUUGUACCAGACUCGUGUGAUGUCUUGAUUCCAUUUGUCUUUUGUAAAGGUUAAUUCAUUAAAGUUUUAUGUACUUUGGUUUA